AUAACCUACCUACAAAAGCUAACAGAUAUCUGCCAUUUCCAAGAUCUCUCUCGAUCUUGAUAUCUGACACAUUACUACUGAUCGUCGUCAUGAUGAGUCGUGGUGGAACCAGCUUGGCCGGUUCAUCGCUGGCGGCGUUGAACCAACGUUACUUCUCAACGGCUGCUCGCACGGUGUCGCAACAAACGGCAUCAGGAAUGAUCCUGAACGGUUCGGCCGGGGCUCCUGUACGGAGUGUGAGCUGGAUGAGGGCUCCAGUACUUGGCUUGAGAAACGGGAGCAGUGUGGCCCUGCAGGGAGAGAAGAUCGAUCAGGUGGAGAAAGAACCGGCUGGUGGAAAGGACGAGAAGCAGAUCAGUUACUGGGGCAUUCCGCAUGAAAAGGUCUUAAAAGAGGAUGGAACGGAGUGGAAGUGGAACUGCUUCAAGCCAUGGGAGACAUACAAGGCUGAUUUGUCAAUCGAUCUGAAGAAGCAUCAUGUACCAACAACGUUCUUGGACAAGAUGGCCUACUGGACUGUCAAGUCUCUUAGAUGGCCGACUGAUUUGUUCUUCCAGAAAAGAUAUGGGUGUCGAGCAAUGAUGUUAGAAACAGUGGCAGCAGUCCCGGGCAUGGUUGGCGGGCUGCUACUGCACUGCAAGUCACUGAGGCGAUUUGAGCACAGUGGGGGUUGGAUCAAGGCUCUGCUGGAAGAGGCUGAGAAUGAACGCAUGCACCUCAUGGCAUUCAUGGAAGUAGCCAAUCCCAAGUGGUACGAGCGAGCUCUGGUUUUUGCAGUCCAGGGUGUUUUCCUCAAUGCCUACUUCCUUGGUUACAUAAUCUCUCCCAAGUUUGCACAUCGAGUGGUGGGGUAUCUAGAGGAGGAAGCCAUUCACUCAUACAAUCUGUUCCUUAAGGAGUUGGACAAAGGGAACAUUGAGAAUGUCCCUGCUCCUGCCAUUGCCAUUGACUACUGGCGUUUGCCAUCUGAUUCAACCUUGCGAGAUGUUGUGGUGGUUGUGAGGGCUGAUGAGGCACAUCACCGCGAUGUGAAUCACUUUGCAUCGGACAUUCAUUACCAGGGUCAUGAAUUGAAGGAGUCUCCUGCGCCAAUUGGGUAUCACUGAACUGCUGAGAGUCAGUAUUAUGGUCUUUCAAACCAGAAAAUUUUGUAAGAGCAUUGAAUAAAUAGAGCUCAAGGAAGUAAUCGUCCUGAUGAAACAAAUAGUUUUGAAGUUUUGUACUUGUUUUACAUCCAUGCAAUAAUAUAUGUUGCGUUGUUUUGUUGGCCUG